CAUAAAUUCAUAUGAUCCUUCUGAACGAUAAGCGUAAACAACAUGAAUCUAGAAUUUAUGAUUCAAAUUGACAUCGUUAGCAGAUCAUAACAGGACUUUUGUGAUUCGUGCUGGGGAUUAUUUCAGAUUAGUUAUGGUGGAAAGGGAUGGUUGUAAUUCUUGUUUGACAGCAAUCAGGGUUCUGCGAGUUUCACUCGUGGAUGAACUGGAAGGAUGGAUUGACUCUCUGCUAGAGAUUUUAGUAAGUCGAGAGGUGUUCACUCGUGAUGACCGUGAGGAGGUGUUGUAUCAGAUGGGGCCCCGGGCAAGAGUAAGAAAGGUGUUGGAUAUCCUGGAGUGUAAAGGCGAGGAAGCAGCCAAGAUUUUUCUCUUCAUCAGCAGUCAUCAUCAGCAAGAAGCAGAGACGCACUUUAGAGAAGUCAACACAGAUCAACAUCAGUCUGCAGAGUACAGCAAAAUCAAACAAAAGCACAAAGACAUCCUCAGGCGCAGGAGUGAGAGCAUGCUAUUCUACAACACUCGUCACGGAGAGAAAAUCCUUUUUUCCGAACAUUAUGUCAAUCUCCUGUUAGUCGAUGGACACCAGGGCUUGGAGAUAAAAAGACACGAGGUGCUGACGUUUGGACAAAAGCGACUAUCUUUGCAGCAGAAGUCAACUGUACACAGGAAAAUUGCACCAGCUGAACUCUUUUCAAAAGCAAAUGGUAAUCGUCCAGUCAAGAAGGUUCUGGUUACAGGGGUGGCUGGUAUUGGGAAAACUAUCAUGGUGCAGAAGAUGCUGUUUGAUUUUGGUGGAAACAAGAACCAUCUAGCCUUUGACUUCAUCAUCCACAUGAGCUUCAGAGACCUGAAUCUGAUCGACAAACCUACAAACUUCAGGGAGUUGGUCUUGCGAAAGAACAGACACCUUUCUAAAGUACUGGAUAACAUUUUAGCCAAUGACAACAAACUGUUGAUUAUCUUGGACGGCUUUGAUGAGUUCAGACACUAUAGGAGCUGUGAUGUAGAUGUUUUUGUGACUGAGCCAGACGAAGAUGCAGAGGUGGUGGAGGUCUUAGGGAGUCUGAUGCAGGGUGAACUGCUGCCCAAUGCCUCUGUCAUGCUCACAAGUCGACCUGCAGCUAUCAACCACGUCCCUGUGGGCUGCAUCGACCGCUUUGUGCUCAUCGCUGGCUUCUCCUUGGCUGAAGUUCAAGACUUCUUCUUACGUUAUUUCCAAGACAGUGCCCUUGGUGACCGACUGUUUGCAGUGGUAUCAGCAAAUGAACUGAUGUUAACACUGUGCUACAUACCUGCAUUUUGCUACAUUGUGUGCUGUAUCCUCAAAGAAAGCCAAGAUCUCUGUGGAGACAGCCCCAAAACCAUGACAGAUAUUUAUGUGCAGUAUCUGGUGGCUUUGAUUCGCUCUCACACUCAGUCAAGGGCUGAAACAUUUCUUCAAGAGCAAAAAGCAGGGGGUGUACAGCAGCUGUCUGACAUAGUGCUGAAGCUGGGUCAACUCGCCUUCCAAAAGCUGAUGGAGCAUCAAACACUAUUCUACAGCAGCGACAGAGAUGUUGCAGCAUUAGAGGGAUGCAGCCUGGUUAGUACCUUCCUAGACAAGACAGUAGCACAAGAGCCCGGCUGUACUGAAGAGGUUUACUCCUUUGCACACCUCACUGUUCAAGAGUUCUUUGCUGCAGUUUACUGUGCAGUGACCGAUCACCCUUUACCUGAUGCACUUCAGCACACUGCAAGUCCUGGAGAGAGAACAAACAAUGGCUAUUUGGACCUUUUCAACCGCUUCCUGUCUGGAAUCCUCUCCGAACGCAAUGCCAAUCUUCUGUCAAGGCAGUUGGGGCUGCGUUACCACAAAGAAAAGAUGGACACCUAUCGCCAGAGGAUCAUCAGAGAACUUGCAGUGCUCUGUGAAGACGGGGAAAAUAUCCUGAAUCAUUUACACUGUCUGUUUGAGCAGCAGGACCCCUCAUUAGUCCUUGCCAUGCAACCAAAGUUGAUACGAGUUAACGUUAGUGAUGAAACACUUUCCCAAAUGGAUUACAAUGCCAUCAAGUACUUCCUAAACCUCACAAAGGGCAAAAUAUCAGAGCUGGAUCUGACAGGGACCGGAGUAAGCUGUGAGGCACUUAGAGAUAUUCAGCCCCUGUUGCAAAGAUGUGAGAGACUUUGGCUUGGAGAAAACAAUCUGGACAUAGACACAGUUCAGGUCAUUGCUGAUGUGCUGAAAGUGUCGGACAGUAUAACCCACCUAGGAAUUGGAUGGUCAAACCUUGGUGAUGAUGAACUACUGGUUAUUUCUACUGCCAUACGGAUUCAAAAAAAGCUUGCAGAAUUGUGGAUGGAGGGAAACCAAGUGAGCUCCAGAGGUCUGCUCUCACUCACUGACUUGACCCCAUAUCCUCUGGAAAAAGUUGUCGCCAUCUGGAAUGACCUGCCAGAAUCCGGGUGCACCCAAGAAAGCAUUAGUGUCAACUUCACAGAUGACGAUAUGUGGGAGGCGUGGGGGGAAUGGGUCAUCAAACGGUGUGAGGUCAGCAGCAACGAGAAACUAGUGAUGGUACUCCAUAAAGUGUGCAAGGUAUCGGUCCAUUGCUUAGAAGCCCACUGGGCAAAGACCUUCUACAAGCAACUAUCACAGCUCAUCAAGCGCAGGAUUGAGUUCUGCACUGAGGAUGACAUAUGCAAGAAGCUCAGAAAGUUUGAGAAUGUUUUGAACCCCUGACAGAGAAAAAUCUACACUCACCUCCAGUUGUAUGGUUAUAUAUGCAGAUUAAAUGUCUGUUUAAUGCUGAAUGCCUUGUGAAAACAAUGACAAAAGGAAACAACUCCCAUAGCAUACUUAAUGCAGAAAUAAUUUGCCUCAUGCUUAAUGCACAAAAAUCAUACCCACCCUGACCUCGGAAAAAAAAAAGGUUUCUUCUCAAAAACUUGCUUGGAUGCAUAUAAAUUGUGCAUUUACACUACAAUCUCUGGAAACAUAACUGCUUCAAUUGCUAAAGUGGCUGUAGCUAUACAGACUUACAGACCUACAGACUAAAUUGGGUAAAGUUUUUCUCUCCAUAGUGAUGCAUAACGAACAGCAGAAAAAGUUCGUUAAGCGAGUCAUGACGAUAUCUGUAGGAGGUGUGUAUUAAGAGGGUCAAAAACAACGUGUGGCCCGUACGGGGAUCGAACCCGCGACCUUGGCGUUAUUAGCACCACGCUCUAACCAACUGAGCUAACCGGCCAUUUACAUGGGAUCCAUAGGACACCUUCAAAAUCUUGCGUACACAGCUCCUCACUUCCACUCGUCGUUAUGGAUGAUGUUGUUUGUAUGAUACAAUAACGAACAAUACACCGUGUUUGAAUACUUGUUAUUUUUUUUCAGUUCCUCCUUCUAUUUAAAGUUCCUCUCCCUCAUCUUUCCGUGCAGCUAAAUACAACUAGGAAAGCGCUAACAGUGCCCGGAUGUAGUGUUACUUCUCAAAGCUCAAAUUAUGUCACAUGCAAGUUAACAUUUUUUAUGUUAAACGAGACACUGGAUCAAAUGAUAAACCAUUUACAUUAUUCGAAAAUUAAGUUAUUUAUUGAAAACGUUUAUUCGUGUAAAUAUUUUGGUAUUGAUUUUUUUCUAUUUAUUUUUAUUUAUAAUAUCAGUGCAUCUUCUUUUUGCGAGGAGCAUUGUAUUCCGUUGCCAUAUUUGUAACAUACUACUUUUACAAAUUUUUAUCGGACUUAUUGUAAAUUGCGAA